GAGCCGUCGGAGCGGCGGCCUCCGGGGAAGCGGCCGUUGAGGCGGCGUUGGCGUUGGCGGCUGUGCGCCCAGGACUUCACAUGGAGUCGCGGGAUGGCCGUCCCGGGCUCUGCUGCAAGCCUGGCGGGCGGCUGGACAUGAGCCACGGCUUCGUGCACCACAUCCGACGGAACCAGAUCGCCCGGGACGACUACGACAAGAAGGUGAAGCAGGCCGCCAAGGAGAAGGUGAGGAGGCGACACACGCCGGCGCCCACCCGGCCCCGCAAGCCCGACCUGCAGGUGUACCUGCCGCGACACCGAGGGCGAGAUAGCUGUAGCCGCCCAGGCAACCUUGACUGUGAGGAGUCGGGUGAAAGCAGCAGCGGCAGCUCUGAGCUGGAGCCAUCCAGCCGCCAGCUCUUCUGCUUAGAAUAUGAAGCGGACAGUGGAGAGGUCACAACAGUUAUCGUGUAUCAGGAUGAUGACCCUGGAAGGGUGAGUGAGGAAGUUUCAGCGCACACACCUCUGGAUCCACCCAUGCGAGAGGCCCUCAGAUUGCGGAUCCAGGAGGAGAUUGCAAAGCGCCAGAGCCAACACUGACCAGGUUGAAGGCGGAAGGUGUUCAGGCUGGAUUCACUGCACUUGGAAGAAUUCUGCUCAGGGAGCUCACCCUAGUUUAGGGCUAUCAGGACCAGUCUAUCCAUCUUCAGACCCCUACCCCACAAAGCUGCUACAUCCACAAGGGUAUGUUGCAGGACCAUAUCUAGCUUACCUCCCUGUUGGCCAUUCUUUUUUGUAUAUUGGCCCAUUUGCUUAGCCUAACAUUCUGGAACAUUUUGUUUGGCUAAUUUGGUGUCCUGGGGACAGAGACUUCAAGAGAGAGCCGAAGUGUAUGAAGCCUCCGGCCCCCAUGCUGCUGUCACACAGACGUACACCUGGCCACGCCAUGAGCCACAUUGGUUAUCUUAGGGUUCUUUCAUGUUUCUGCUCACCUCCACCCAUGUUUGCUUAGAUUUUUCCAGUUCUGGCUUUUCCUUUCCCCCAUCUUUUUGCCUCAGGCACAAUCAGUUUUCCUCACCCAACAUGAUUGUUUCUCUACUGCUCAGGACUUUGGAAGUGGGAUGGGGAUGGUCCUGGGAGUCUGCCUCUAACAAGUUCUCCAAGUAAUUCUGAAGCAAAUAAAAUGGGGGAACUUUGUUUUUGAGGCCUA